ACCUGCCCACCCCCAGCCAUGUCGUUUGCCAUGCUGCGCUCGCCCCCCAGCCGAUACCUGUACCCUGAGAUCAGCAUGCUGUCGGAGGAUGAAGAGAACGGGAGCGAGAGCUCGGGUUCUGAGGAGAAGCCCUACCACCUGGACGCUGACGGGUACGGGCUGAAGAGCGCCAAGCGCAGAAGCAGCAAGAAGGCCAACCGGAUCAACCGGGAGCCCCGCCAGCGCCACACGGCCAAUGCGCGGGAGAGGGACCGGACCAACAGCGUCAACACGGCCUUCACUGCCCUGAGGACUCUCAUCCCCACAGAGCCGGCGGACCGGAAACUCUCCAAAAUCGAGACCCUCCGCCUGGCUUCCAGUUACAUCUCGCACCUGGGCAACGUCCUCCUGGUGGGGGAGGCGUGUGGAGAUGGGCAGCCGUGCCACACCACGCCGGCCUUCUUCCACCACAGUGGCAGCAGCAGCAGCCCUCCCUCGCGGGAAAGCGAGAACUCGCAACCCAAGCAGAUCUGCACAUUCUGCCUCAGCAACCAGAGGAAGAUGAGUAAAGACCGAGACAGGAAGACGGCAAUUCGGAGUUAG